AAGCUGAAGCAGACCUGCAAUUUGGCUCAACCUUUGAGCCAAAACAAUCCAAGAUUCGUGGGAAUAAGUUGCAGAUAUCUUCAUUUCGUAUUUCCUCUUUGGGCUAAUCAUAAAAUUUCUAUUCUGGAUGUGAUUUUUUAUUCUUUUUCUCCCUGAUGAACUGGGCUAGUAAUGCAGGAGACAGCGACUCUGUCAGUGGCUCAAGAUGGCAGAUUUUUAUUGAGUUCUGAACUGAAUUGUCGUUUCAUUUUUUGCCAUGAAUAACAGAAGCCCUUGCACCGAUGGCCCCUGUAUACGAAGGUAUGGCCUCGCAAGUGCAAGUCUUUUCCCCUCACACUCUCCAGUCAAGUGCCUUCUUUAGCGUGAAGAAAUUGAAGGUGGAGCCGAGUUGCAACUGGGAUAUGACAGGGUACGGCACACACAGCAAGGUCUACAGUCAGAACAGCAAGAGCGUGUCCGUCGCCCCAGUGGGCAUCAACGCCACUUCCCUCCAGGUCGCCGGCUCGGCCCUCUCUUACGAGCAGGCUCUCCUGUUCCCGGCGGGUUCGGGCCACAUCGUGGUGGCCUCGGCCAGCAGCACAUCCGGAGCGGCCAGUCAGCUGCUUGGUGGUGGUGGUGGUGGCGGCAGCAGUAACGGUAGCGGCAGCGGGGGUGCAGGACACAACCUGACCCGCCUCAGCACCGUCAGCCUGCUGGACACCUACCAGCGAUGCGGGCUUAAGCGUAAGAGUGAAGAGUUGGACAACAACAACAGCGGCAGUGUGCACGUCGUCGAGGAGCACCCGCCGCCGAUGAUCCAGAACGCGCAGAGUGGGGCGACCGUCGCCACGGCGACGGCCUCCACCGCAACCUCCAAGAACAGCGGCUCCAACAGCGAGGGCGACUACCAGCUUCUGCAGCACGAGGUCUUGUGUUCCAUGACCAACACGUACGAGGUGCUGGAGUUUUUGGGUCGGGGGACUUUCGGACAGGUCGUGAAGUGCUGGAAGAGAGGCACCAGUGAGAUCGUGGCCAUCAAGAUCCUGAAGAACCAUCCGUCGUACGCUCGUCAAGGUCAGAUCGAAGUCAGCAUCCUGGCGCGGCUGAGCACAGAGAGCGCCGAUGACUACAAUUUCGUGCGGGCGUACGAGUGCUUCCAGCACAAGAACCACACGUGCCUGGUGUUUGAGAUGCUGGAGCAGAACCUCUAUGAUUUCCUCAAGCAGAAUAAAUUUAGCCCGUUGCCCCUCAAGUACAUCCGACCCAUUCUGCAGCAGGUUGCCACGGCGCUGAUGAAGCUGAAGAGUCUGGGCCUCAUACAUGCCGACCUGAAGCCCGAGAACAUCAUGUUGGUGGACCCCGCCCGUCAGCCCUACAGGGUCAAGGUCAUCGACUUUGGUUCGGCUAGCCAUGUCUCCAAAGCUGUGUGCUCCACCUAUCUCCAGUCCAGAUACUACAGAGCGCCAGAGAUUAUCCUGGGUUUGCCUUUCUGUGAGGCCAUAGACAUGUGGUCCCUGGGCUGUGUCAUCGCUGAGCUCUUCCUGGGAUGGCCUCUUUACCCUGGAGCCUCUGAGUACGACCAGAUCCGGUACAUUUCUCAGACUCAGGGCUUGCCAGCUGAGUAUCUGUUGAGCGCGGGAACAAAAACAACCAGGUUCUUCAGCAGAGACCCAGACUCAACAUACCCACUGUGGAGACUGAAGACGCCUGAAGACCAUGAGGGAGAGACAGGGAUCAAGUCAAAGGAAGCACGAAAGUAUAUCUUCAACUGCCUGGAUGACAUGGCUCAGGUGAACAUGACCACAGACUUGGAGGGGAGUGACAUGCUGGCAGAGAAAGCUGACAGGAGAGAAUUCAUCGAUCUCUUGACCAAGAUGCUGACCAUCGACGCGGACAAGAGAAUUACGCCCAUCGAGACGCUUAACCACCCUUUUGUCACCAUGACCCACCUCCUGGACUUCCCCCACAGCACGCAUGUCAAAUCCUGCUUCCAGAACAUGGAGAUCUGCAAAAGGCGCGUGAACAUGUACGACACGGUGAACCAGAGCAAAACCCCCUUCAUAACCCACGUGGCCCCCAGUACCUCCACCAACCUCACCAUGACCUUCAACAGCCAGCUCAACACCGUGCACAGCCAGGCCACCAACUUGGCUCCCUCCUCCACCAGUGCCACCCUUUCCCUUGCCAAUCCUGAUGUCUCCAUACUAAACUACCCAUCUGCACUCUACCAGCCUUCUGCAGCCCCCAUGGCUGCCGUGGCCCCCAGGACGAUGCCCCUCCAGCCGGGAGCCCCCCAACUCUGCGCAGCCCGACCCGACCCCUUCCAGCAGGCUCUCAUCGUCUGCCCCCCUGGCUUCCAAGGUUUGCAGGCCUCUCCCUCCAAACACACGGGCUACUCUGUGCGGAUGGAGAACGCGGUUCCCAUAGUAACUCAGGCCCCCGGUGCCCAACCCUUACAGAUCCAACCUGGCCUAUUGACACAGCAGGCCUGGCCAUCUGGUACACAGCAAAUCUUACUCCCCCCAGCCUGGCAGCAACUCACACACACCUCUGUACAGCACGCCACCGUCAUCCCCGAUACCAUGUCGGGCACACAACCUCUGGCCAACUGGAGGAAUCCACAUCCUCAUGGAAGUCAUUACAACCCCAUUAUGCAGCAGCCAGCUCUGCUUACCGGUCAUGUGACCUUGCCCUCCCAGCAGCCUCUCAAUGUGGGCGUCGCCCACGUGAUGAGACAGCCGUCAACCAAUAGCUCUUCCUCCAAAAAGAACAAACAGCACCAGACGUCUAGCAGGAAUGUGUCGGCAUAUGAAGUGUCCUCCUCGCAGACAGUCCUGUCUCCUCAGCGUUCGAAACGAGUGAAGGAAAACACUCCUCCACGUUGUGCUGUGGUGCAGAAUGGCCCCACCUCCACCUGUGGGCCCCCUCAGACCUGCGGAGGCUGGGGGGCAGAGCAGGCGUCCAGCACCACACGAGAACACAGCCAACACCACCCUACUCGCCAAACCAUCAUCAUUCCCGAUACUCCCAGCCCCGCCGUCAGCGUCAUCACCAUCAGCAGCGACACUGACGAAGAAGACGACCACAAACAAGCCAACACCAGCACAUCAUCCAAGCAGAGGAAGAACGUAAUCAGCUGUGUCACAGUGCAUGACUCACCUGACUCUGACUCUAGUAACAACAGCCCUUACACUGUGGAGUCCCGACCCCCCAAUGCCAAUGGCUAUGACUCAAAGGGUGCUGUGCUGGACAACUACAGCACCAACGGAAACCCCCGCACCAUCAUUAUUCCCCCGCUGAAGACUCAGAACACAGAGGCUAUGAACGAGUGCGAGCGCCUCAUGCCUGACACCAUGAGCCACCAAAACUCCAACUACAAGUUCAAGACAAACAAUGGCAGCGUGUCAGGCAAUAACCACUCAGCCGGAGGCCUCACAGGGGGCGGGUCCUAUCGUCAGCAGAGAUCUGGGCCACACCCCUUCCAGCAGCAGCCUCUUAAUCUCAGCCAGGCCCAACAGCACAUGGCAGUGGAACGUUCCGGAGGUCACAGACGGCAACAGGCCUACAUCGCCCCAACCAUCACCGCCCAAGCUCCAUACUCCUUCCACCACAACAGCCCCUCACACACGGCCAAUGUCCACCCCCACCUGGCUGCCACUCACCUAUCAGGCCAACCCCACCUCUAUACCUACACUGCCCCCGCAGCAUUGGGCUCCACUGGCACCGUGGCCCACCUUGUGGCAUCGCAAGGUUCAGCGCGCCAUGCUGUCCAACAUGCCACCUACCCACCAGGCAUUGUUCACCAGGUGCCAGUCAGCAUGGGCCACCGUGUGUUACCCUCGCCAACCCUCCAUCCCAGUCAGUACCAGGCCCAGUUCGCCCAUCAGACCUACAUCAGCGCGUCACCUGCCUCCACUGUCUACACUGGAUACCCUCUGAGCCCCACCAAGAUGAACCAGUACCCGUACCUCUAGAACCGACACACUGGAGCCCAACACAGCGCUGCUUAAUGCCCCGCCCCUUAGAGACAA